AUGGCAAAGACCAGAGGAGGCCAUUCCGCCUCCCCGUCCUCACCGACACCUCGACCACAGCGAGCCGCCAUGGGAGCCGCGCCUUCACCUCCUGUUCAGGGCCCGGCCAUUCCCCCAACUGAGGGGGAAGUUCCUUCUCAGCGCCGUUACCCCACUCGGAGGCCACCCGCGGACCCUGUGCCACCAGUCGAACAGGCCACGAGCCCUGUUUCUCGGCCCCCUGCGAAGAGGACCAGGUUCUUGGGUCCUGGAGAGCCAUCCCACGCACCUCAGCCAGAACCAGCUACAGAGGAACCUCGGAUUCCAUUCGACAUGCCUCUCGAGGCCAUUAUCAGGCGUCCCAUGAUAGCCGGACCACCGAUUGAGGGCAACCUGGAUUGCAGAGAUCGACCCUUCCAUUCCGAGACCUAUUUUGAUAUAGAGGGAGCCCCAGCUGUGCCUACACCUCCAGAGCUACCCCGAGAUGAGCAGAUACCUCAGGCCGAGCAGGAUGAGAUUCUCACAGAGACACCACCUCCUGCCCCAGCAGCACACCCCUCAGUGCACAUGCCCGAGGCUAUACAUUCUACCUCCCCUAUCACUCAGGGUGCUCCACCAGUCGUGCCAGCUACCCCAGCACCUCCUCCUCCAUCUGAGCCCACUGUCACCAUUUCUCUUACAGAAUUCAGAGGCUUAGAGCAGCAAUCUGCCAUUGGAGGCGCCUCUUCGCCACCUGCUCAGGACUCCAUCGUUCCCCCAUCUGAGGGUGGAACGCCUUCUCAAUGCCGAUAUCCCACCAGGAGGCCACCCACUGACACUGUGCCACCCGCCGCCAAAGCCAAGAGGCCUGCUCCUCGGCCACCUGCGAAGAGGACCAAGUUCGCGGGUCCUGGUGAGCCAUCGCAGACACCUCAGGCAGAGCCGCCUACAGAGGACUCUCAGAUUCCCGUGGGGAUUCCUCUCGAGACCGUCAUCAGGCGUCGUAUGAUCGUAGGACCGCCUAUAGAGGGCAACCUGGAUUGCAGAGAUCGAUCUUUCCAUGUAGAGACCUGGUUUGAUGUCGAGGCUCUCAGACAGCAGCCAGAGCUCAAGGAUUCAUUCCGUUUGCUGCAGAGGUAUCACAUGGAGCAUCUUCUCACCCCUAGGCAAUUCUAUUAUCCCAGAGUAGUUUUAGACUUUUAUCAGUCUAUGACUACUCGAGGCGUCCGGAAUCCUACUCUCAUCCAUUUUACCAUAGAUGGACGCCAAGGUGCCAAUGGAGCUCGUCACAUUGCUGAGGCCCUCCGUAUACCUUAUGAGCCUAUGACUCAGACACUACUGAGCACCGCACAGGAUUUCCUUAUCCAGCAGAUGGCCACUAUUCGUGCACACCAGGAUCAAAUCAUUGCUACUCAGAUUCAACACACCACGAUCCUUCAUCAGAUCCAACAACAUCUGAGUAUGCAGGCACCUCUUGGGCAUGUUAGGUCUGGACCAUCUGAGCCUCCAAUGCCAGAUGAGGAGAUCAUACCAACUGAGCAGCCCAUACCAGAUGAGGAGAUCAGAAUUCAGCACCAUCUUGGUAUUCCAUCAGCUCCUGAGCACCCCAUUCCUAUCCUCUCAGAGCACACAGAUCCAUCACAGGCCUCUCCUUUCGAAGAGCAGGCUUUGGCCUCUGAGGAGCUGACUACAGGAGAUGCAGAGACAUCCACCUGA